UUUGCUAGUUCACGAUACAACAUAUCGUACUAACAAAUAUGACAUGAUUUGUGGACCUUUUGUUGGCAUGAAUAACCAUUGCAUGAAUGUUAUGUUUGGAUGCGGUUUUUUGAUGAAUGAGAAGAUUGAGUUAUUUGUAUGGUUGUUUAAGACAUUUUUGAGAUCUAUGGAUUACAAAAGUCCACAAAGCAUAAUGACUGAUCAAUGUGCUGCUAUGGCUGCUGCAAUUGUUCAAGUUUUUCCAAGUUCACGACAUCGGCUAUGUAUAUGGCAUAUUGACGAGAACUCAAAGAAGCACAUUAAAGGGGGUUAAGAAAUCAAAAAGAUUUCCUAGAUAUAUUCAAUUGCUUGUUGAAGUAUACGGAUACAGAUGCGGAGUUUGAAUUUUACUGGACGAGGAUGGUUACAACAUAUAAAUGUCACAAUAAUCAUGGCAUGUUAUUUCAGGAUGGUUACAACAUAUAAAUGUCACAAUAAUCACUGGAUUGAAAAGUUGUAUGGGUGUAGAGAAAAAUGGUGUCCUGCUUUUAAUAAAGAUUAUUUUUCGGGUGAGAUUUUAUCUUCUCAAAGGAGUGAGACCACCAAUCACUCUAUUUCUAGAAGGUUGUCCAAGACAUCUGGUUUGUGUGAUUUUUAUAACUCUUUUGUUGGGGUCAUAUCAGAGUGGAGAAGUAGAGAGAAUUGGGAAGAUGUUCGGUGUUCACAAGGUGUACCCACAAUGGUGAUGGAUAAUGUUAAGAUUCUGUUGCAUGCUAGGGAAAUUUAUACAAUUGAGAUAUACUAUUUGUUUGAAGAACAAUUUUUGAAAGGUGGAUCAUGCUAUCAAGAGUGUGUGAUGUUGGAAGAUGGUGUGUAUAAGUAUCAUGUCUGGAGGCCUGAUGUUGAUAUUAUUAGGCAUGAAGUGGUGUUUAAUAGUAGACAAAUGGACAUUGGAUGUAGUUGCAAGUUGUUUACUGAAUUGGGGAUUUUGUGCUGUCAUUGUUUACGCAUUCUAAAUGUGCAUUGUGUUUCUGAAGAACCCGAGAAGUAUAUUUUGAAGAGGUGGACUAAAAAAUUUUUUGAAGUUGAUAAUGUUGAUAUAAUGUCUAGAGUUGAUAGUGGUAAUGGUGCAUCUUCUGUUUGGUUAUUAGAAAUCAUUAGGAAAUUUCAGAGGCUUGCUGUUUAUAGUCAGGAAAAUAUCGAAGGACGGAAGAUUUGUGAAGAAGCAAUUGCAGAUGCAAAGAGAAGACUUGAAGCUGAAUGUGGUGGCAGUUUAUUUGAAGAUUGUGACAUAGGAUCGACAAGUGGUGUUAUAAAGGAUCCAUCUACUAGGCGGAUGAAAGGGUUGCGGAAUAGGAGGGUGAGCAGUGUUAUUUCAAAGAAAUAUAACAAGCAAGGGGACGGAAGCAUCUUGCAAAUAUGGUUGCUUCCAAAAUAAAAUCUGCUGUUCAGUCUCAAGUUGAGGGUGAUAUUUUAAAUAUUGCAGGCGAUGGAUAUCUUGUGCACCCAAGUUCCGGAGGUUCUAGUUUUUGUCACGUUAGCACAAUGUCAAGCAUGGAUGAUAAUUAAAGCACAUGUUAGUGUUAAUCAUCGUAGUAAUAUGUAUCACGUACAGAACGAUGUUAAAUCACAUA